AGUCGGAUCAAACUGUGUGCUGACUGCUGAGUCAACCUCACUGAUACCAGGAUGACUGCUAUCCGAUUUGCUCUGGAGAAAAGCAUAUUUGAGCCGGGUGAUGAGAGACUCAUUAAGGCCAUUCAUGUAUCACAGCUAGAGAAGAAGAAGAAAACCUAUUUUCUGUGUUUGUCUGUGAGCAAAGACAAGAGUGGCUUUAUCAGCACUGUAAAGAAACUGGACAAGGACAACUAUAAGAAGAAGAGGACAUGGGGCCUGCAGGAUCUCAAGAUGGUGGAUGGAAAAGAUGGAAAAAGGGAUACAGCUGACUUGGACUUACAGUUUGAAAAGGUCUACAAAUGGGUUGCCAGCACUCCCAUGGAAAGAAAUAUGUUCAUAGCCAACCUAUGGAUGCUGUGCAGCCAGCACCUGCACCGCCAGCGACCUCAGUUUGUCAACAUCCCGGCCGAGUUUCUGGAUGGAGGCACCAAGACGGCCGACACACGCGCCGCCCUAUCGCCAGUGUCCGAGCUCUCCGUGGAGGCGGACAGCUACCAGGCGCUGACCUCACAGGAGGAGCAGGACCUGCUGAAGAUGAUGUCAGAGCACGAGACGGCCGUCAGCAACGCCGAGGCCUUCGCCGAACAGCUCAACAGGGAGCUCUCCGGCCUGGAUGGGGCCAACAUCCAGUCCAUCAUGGCGUCUGAGCAGCAGGUGGCAGCACUGAUGUCCGUCAUCCAGCGGGCUGUCGACGAGAUAUCGGCCGUCGAGGAGCGCCUCGAACAGUACGACCACGCGCUGGUGGCCGUCCGACAGAGUCUCAAGGAGAUGGGACGGGAGAAGAGCAAGAUGGAGGUCACCCAGAGGAAUCAUCACGAGCUCCUGCAGACGCUGGAUAGCAUGCUGCCGGACCUGUCGACCAGAGACCGCCAGGUUCUCUCCGACCCUGACCUCACCACCACAGUGGGUCUGAGAGAGGCCUGCCAGGCGGCCCAGUCUCUGCUGAGACUGUCGUCAACCUCAGUUGACGGAAACCUACAGCAGAUGGCAGCAGUGGCCGAGCAGAAGAAGCUCUUCGAGAAACUCAAGGCUCGCUUCUCGCAGGCCGUCUACAGGCAGAUGAAUAACUUCUUUGUACACAUGGGCAACGACGGCGCGCCGCCGGUGGACUCUCUGCAGCUGCCCAGCCACAGCUCACAGCACCUGAAGCUGCAGCCCUACUCGGAGCUGAUGCACUGGACCAAGGCGGUCGACAACAGGGGCUACGAGGCGCUGAAGACGGUCUAUGGCCAGUCGCUCAGCAAGCGGUACGAACGGGAGAUCCGGGCGCUGUUCGCUGAGGCGCGCGGCCGCGUCGGGGCCUUCCGCAAAGACUCGAUGGACUCGCCCAGCGGCAGCACGGCCACGCUGUCGCGGAUGUCUGGACAGCUGCGGCAGCUGCAGGCGAAGCCGACAGCUGCGCAGCAGGGCGCCGUUCUGCUGGGGAUGGAUCGGGACGCGUGGACUAACCUGGACAGCUCCGACCGACUCAAGUUUGACGACGUGCUGGAGCAGCUGCUGAAGGGCCUGGAGCCCUCCUGCCUGGAGGAGCAGAACUUCUGCGUCAGCUUCUUCAGGCUCGGCGUGGACAUGUCACAGUCUCAGAACUCCUCACAGCUGGACUCGCUGUCUGAAGGGGGGAUCGGCCGACAGGACGAGGUGCGAUCGCUGAUGAAGGAACUGUUCGGCGCACUGGAGACCGAGCUCAACUCGUUCCUGGCCCAGCACGAGCGGAUCGACAGCUUCUGCGUGAUGCACAUCCUGGUGCGUCUGUCGGAGCACGUGAGCAGCACGCAGGACUCGGGCUCGUUCCUGCACCAGACCCUGGCCGCCGCGCUGGUGGCCAGUAAACAGAACCUGGACAGGCUGAUGCGGGCGCAGAUCGACUCGGUACACGCCUGUCCGCCGCCCAAGCGGUCCAAGUGCGGCGUCCUGCCGUUUGUCUCCAACUUUCAGGAGCUGGCCGCCAUCGCCGAGUCUGUGUUCCGUGAGUCGAGCCGGCGGGCCGACCUGGACCGAUGGUACGGCCGGCUGAUCCGCGCCGUCAUCGACCAGGUCUCCGUCACCGGUCAGCAGCACCAGAAGACGCCGCUGGAGGUGGUGCAGAUGGAGAACUUCCACCACCUGCACGCGCUCCUGAUGCGCCUCAAACUGGCCGGACUGGAGAGUGAGAAGCGCGAGGUGAAACAGAAGUAUAAUGAGGCGCUCAAGGCGUACGUGACGAGAUACUUCGGGCAGCCACUCAUCAAACUUAAUCAAUUUUUCGGCGGCGUGCAGUCCAAGGUGGCGCAGGGGGUGCGCGAGGCCGAGAUGGGCUACCAGCACGCCUUCAGCAAGCAGGAGCUGCGGAAAGUCAUCAAGGAGUACCCGGGGAAGGAGGUGAAGAAGGGGCUGGACACGCUGUACAAGAAGGUGGAGAAACACCUCUGUGAAGAGGAGAACCUGCUUCAGGUGGUGUGGCGAGCGAUGCAGGAGGAGUUCAUCAUGCAGUACAAGUCGAUAGAGGAGAUGAUCCAGCGCUGCUACCCAGGCGCCAUGAUCACACUCGAGUUCACCAUCGAUGACCUGCUGCGAUUCUUCUCCGAGAUCGCACGCUCACAUUAAGCAACCACACUCCGCAGUCCUUCCCGGUCCGUGUCUCUUCCAGCUGCACUUUGACCUUUCCGCCGCACGCACCCACGGUGAUUGCGUCUGGAGGUCUGGCGCUGCCGAUGGGAGAAAUGAUUCGUGUGUGUCCGCGCGGGUCUGUUCUGCGUCUUGUUGUGCGAUCACGUGAUGAAAGAGGAGCGCGUGGGCACCCGGCAGCGGCUCUUCAGGAGACAGUUGCCCAAUGCGCAGUAAUCUCCAACCCCCUCUCCCCUCCCCAUUCCCCAACCCUCCUCGCCACUUGAUCCAGAACUCGUGUUUGGUGAUACGUUUUACACCCGGGGCUGAGGGGACAAGCGUUGUUAUGCUGACCGGUGCCUCCAUUGUGCUUCAUCCGGCGGCGAUUCUGGGGACUGCUGAUGUGACUUCGUAUGAAGAAAUGUGAAUUCCCUUCCAAAGUUCCAAGUGAUGUGAGAUUGUUGCAAUGAACCUUGAUUCGUACCUUGGUAGCUUGAUGGCUGCCUCGACCUCUCGCAAGGUGUCCUGCCCCUGAUAGCUUUUAACCCACCAGCGCUGCCCUGGUGUUUGUGGUUAGAAGUGACUGUUUUUAUAAAGAAUGUCAGCUGCUUUGCUUCCUGCACCGCUGUAUAUGACGGCUGUAUUCCAUUUGUAAACUAUGUCAUUUAUGUUGGUACAGUAAGGAAAAAUCAUCCUUGUUUCAUAGCGAAAGGCAUUAGUUAUUGUUACCGUUUACAAGUGAUUACUUUGUUAUCAGUGCCGCUUUCUGCGUGAUAGGUUGACAUAUACCAUUACCGCAUAUCGUUUCUGUAAUAAGGCGUUUAUGCACUAUGUGAGUAUGUAUGCGUGUAAUAGGGCAACCGCGCCUCUGGUAUGUGACUGCACGUAUUCAUUUGCAUUGUCAGCUCUUUGAUAGCAGGAGUAUUGUUAUGGAAAUAUGUAUUUAUUUCAAUAAUUACCA